AUGGAGGAAAAACACCAAAAUAGCCAACGACAACGGCCGGGGAAAAGUCCUCGGAAAGCAUUCCGAGAGCACUUAUUUCAUUCUCUGCCCAAUUAUGCCGGUCCGUACAGCGUAGGGAUAAUGGAAAUAGAAGUACCGGUACGUGAGCCGCGCACGUUCUCACGUAUCAAGCGCAGCCAUACGCAUGCGCUGCGGAUGGAUACGGUCCUCUUCUCAAUAUACUACCUACCCAUUGUGCCACAUUUGCCUGUUACGGCUUAUAUCGCGGCUACGACUAUGUUCACUAAGCUGCCCGCUUUCCGGAACGCCAAGCUUGCCGGAGACCGCACCGGUGACUGCGCCGGUGCUGCAUCUUGCUCAUCGUCUGGUGCCCACAGCCAAGACACAUUGACGGGAAGUGGAGACAAGCCCAAAUUCCAAGUCAUUUUCUUCAAUCACGGAUUAAGGGGUUCUCGAACGUGUUACAGUACAGUAUGUGGGGAGCUUGCUAGCAACGGUUUUGUUGUUGUUGCAGUAGAACACCGUGAUGGAAGCGGUGCGCGCUCCUGUGUCAAUAUUCCGCCAAGCGGCAAGCUGGCAGACGGUCUAAAGAUUGACAACACAGACCCGAAACGCUCUUACAAAGUCGAUUAUAUUUUCCCUCUAGAUAAUGCUCUGGAUACGUCACCUCAUAACGCCCGAGGUGUGGAUACUGAACUUAGGCACGCCCAAAUCGAAAUGCGCAUGUCUGAGAUUGGAGAGGCGUACUAUGUCCUUGAGCUCCUCAAUAAUGGCCAGGGGGACUUGGUCUAUAAGAAUAAUUUGAGAAAGAAGGGCAAUGCUGGGUCGAGCUCCAAAGGGUUAGAAGGUAUCGAUUGGUCCGAUUGGGAUGAUAGGCUUCUAUUGCGGAACGUUACGACAAUGGGACACUCUUUCGGUGGAGCGACGACAGUCGAAAUCGUUCGCCAGAAUGACCGUUUCCCCUAUAUUGGUCAAGGUAUCCUCCUUGAUGCAUGGGGACAGGCCACACCGAAACCUCUUUUAGCCAUCGACUCUGAGGCAUUCAUGCACUGGCCUGAAAACUUCAAGAGAAUAUGUGAUAUUGGAGAAGAAGCGAGAAAUGGAGGGGCACUCUGCUGGAUGCUCACCAUUAAAGGGUCUACCCACCUUUCUCAAACUGAUUUCGCCAUACUAUAUCCUCAUUGGAUGUCUUUUUUUAUGAAAACAAUAGUAAAUCCUAAAAGGGCCAGUGGCGCUAACCUCCUACCUCCUGAUUUCACAGUUAGAAAUUCCUGUGUCGAUGAAGGAAUCCUGCAGACCAAAGUUCUUAUUGCAGACGAACUGCCACGCGAACAUCAACCCGAUGGCAAGUGGAUGGCUUCUCGUCUUAGGAUACCUAACGAGUUACGGAUUCGUACGGUCAAUUGGGUUCGACAAAAACCUAAAGAAUCAGUUACUACUGAUAUAAAAGGCAGACCGCUAAUAGGUUUGAUGAACUUCCCGCUUGGGAGCGAGGUUUGGAUGCAUCUCAGUCCAGACGAAUAAAACCGGCAAUAUCCGGUUCGGUCGAGCCAGGAAGUUUAGGUACCUAAGAAAAACAGUGCAACCCACUCCUCCUAUAAGAUCUCGCGAUUUAUUGCUUCCCGGUACUUGCGUAGAAAACAGAGUAGCCCUGCGGGAUACAUCGGAGAUACUACUCGGUAAGAGUCUGCAUGUUCAAUAAAGUUAGCAUCGAAAUGAGGACCACGAUUGAUAUUGACGCUGGCAAGAGGGAAACUGGUGAGAAAGCUGUGUGUCAACAUGUCGUACUAUGUGACUGUUACAUGACGUUCCAACGACAAGGCACAUAUGAAGCAUGAUACAUGAAGCGUGCAGCAAUGGCGUCAAAUAGCUGUUCUCGCCCCAAAACGAACAGGGAUAUCGACUGUGGCUCAAUAGGCCAAGACCCUAUAAGAAGCAACCCGAGCUGAGGCUCUCACCAUCUAAGGGAGAUUUGUAACGCCUUAAAAUGCA